GUCAACGUUUCAUUCUCGUUUUAAUUCAUUCCAAUAAUCCCGGUCGGGCUUAUUUGAAUGCAACACCCUACAACGCGUGUGCGCAGAUCUGUAAACAGACUCUGCCGAUCACAGAACCGGUUGUUUUAUACGUGACAUCAAUCCGUAUAGUGUGGAGAUCUACAGUGUCCACGAGGAAGCGCGCCUCGCGUCACGUGAUUGUCCAAGAACACACGCGGGAACGAGACUGUAGCUGCUGGUUUAUUUCUCUGGACCACAUUUUACUUUAACAUUUAACGGUUUCAUCUUAGUGUUUGCUGACGAUACGCCUGUAUUCGUCCUCAACACAAAUGUUCACAAGGAAGCUGCUUACUUUGGUGCUGGUGGUCCAGCCCGAGCGGGUGCUGCUCGGCAUGAAGAAGAGGGGCUUCGGAGCGGGCAAAUGGAACGGCUUCGGGGGCAAAGUCCAGUCAGGGGAAACCAUAGAGCAGGCUGCUAGACGGGAACUGCUGGAGGAAAGUGGUCUUACUGUAGAUAUUCUACAAAAGAUCGGAAACAUCACGUUUGAAUUUAUUGGAGAAACAGAGCUGAUGGACGUCCACAUAUUCCGAGCUGACACCUACACUGGCGAGCCCACUGAAUCAGAGGAAAUGAGGCCUCAGUGGUUUGACAUUGACAAAAUCCCCUUCAGUCAAAUGUGGGCCGAUGAUGUGCUGUGGUUCCCACUGAUGCUACAGAAGAAGAAGUUCCUGGGCUACUUCAAAUUCCAGGGUCACGACGUGAUAGUGGAACACAAGCUGGACGAGGUGCAGGAGCUGUGAUCAGAUCCUCACACCUGUAGUGACUGUCAUUUCCGCAGAGUGAGAGGAAGUGACGGCCCCAUUCACGCUCUGCUGUAGGAAUGUGCUGAAGGAACGGGCUCAUACCAAGGAGUCCUCAGGUGACCCAUGUGACCUACACAGACCGAGGUCUGGUAAAUGUAAACAGAGAAGCAGUACUACUGAAUUGGCUGUUUUUUCAGAAGAAAGCGGAAGUAGCUACAUGCUGAUUAUAGCUGUUGCCUCUAAACGGUUGUAUAGAAGAAAUCACUGUAGACUAGCUGUAAGUCGUAAGCUGUAAUGUUCAUUUUUCACACAAUAAUAUGGUAAUUAUAGAGCAUCUGUUCAACAUGCCACUUACUGUUUGAUUUUAUGAUACAGUUUUAUAGACUAGACUGCACUUUUCAUGCUUUUUAGCUCUAGCAUUGCUCUUCUUUAGUGCAGCACAGAACAUUAAAGAGGCCAUAGUCUGCGGUUUUCUUAUGUUUUUUUUCUUUGUUUUUAUGUACCAAAACCAGUCAUAAUUUUGACUCAUUGUACUCAUUGUUUUUUUUUUACUGUGCCUUUAAGACUGGUAUAUGUAAAUGAUCUAUUUUCUAAUUGGCUGCCAUGUAUAAUUAAAAAAAACAGUCUGGGCUGAAAUGUGUAGAACAAUCCUUUAUAUUUGGACUGACAUUCUCAGGAAAGUUGGUGCAAGAAAUAAACUUCAGUCAAUCCUU